GUGUGGAAAAGGACACAUUCACGCUGGUCCGAGACGCACCUAGGAGACGCAAUCUCUGAUGAUUUUAUUUAGGUCUUGACUGUCCUUCCCGGUCCGUACAUUGGUGGCCAUGACGGAAAAUGUCCGACUUCGACAAUUGCGCCCGGCAACUGAGGCCCCAUAUACCGAACCGAUUCAUCGCGGAUUAACUCCAAAUCGGCGAAAUACUGCAUGCACAAUGUGUCGCAGAAAGAGAAGGAAGUGUACUGGGACACCAAUUUGUCUAUCUUGCAUGUCCUCGAGGUCAGAGUGUAUCUUCGAACCGCACAAAGACAAGCGUAGGAAGGCGGCAUUGCGCCAUGCCGAAAAAAAUGGACAAAAACUUGCGAUUCUUCUUGAGCGUCUCCUUACAUUCCUCAAGAUCGAAAAGGACGAGACAGUUCUCCAAUGGAAAAGAAGCUUAAAUGAUAUCCUGUCGCCUGACAUGAUGAUUGCAAAGCUAGAAAGAGACAUUGAGCUAGGUCUGGGUUCGAGUCGGUAGGGAUCGUACCAUGUGGCUGAUAGCUAGUGGUUUUGUAUCUACUGAACCUGUCGUGAGUUAUGCGGGAUAUCGAUAAUGUUUUGUAAGGCCAAAAUCUUUCGCUUCGGCAUGAAUUGCCAGAUAAUAGUAGUUUCCAAUAGUUGCACCCAGUACAUAGUUGGUGGGGG